GAGUUGGUGCAGCCGUUCUGCGCUUGCGCGGAAUUAUUAUCAAAUGGAGCGCACGGCAAAAAUACUCAUUUUUUUGCAUGUCCGCACGCAUUUAGGGUAUAAUGUGCACAAUAUACUGACUAAAGGUUAGGGUUAGAAUCACCAUGGUUACAAAAUAUAUACAUUUAAGGUAUUUUUGUUCAAAUUUAGUUAAUCCGGUAUAUACCGGAUUCUGUAAUAUAUCACGGGCGCACCAACUCUGUAUUUAGUCACAGCCUAUUUUUAACAUGUUCAAAACUUCCGGGUAUUAACCAAUAAAGAAUUUCCCCUCAAAAGUUUGUGUGACACAGGUUUACCGAUGAUGUUAAUAUGUCACAUUAUGUGGAGAAUUUUACAGGUUGACCAAGUAUGGGAUGCGAGAAAAAGUUCCAUCCAGACAAAUCGGAAACCGACCAGUCACCUGUACUAAGCCCACGUGGAACUGAAUGCCAAGCUGAACGCGAUUACCCUAAUUCUGUUACUGUUUAUAAUCCACUCAAAUCUGCAUCUCAACAAUGUGUAAAUAGCUCUAAUUUUCAAAAGAAUUAUAAAAUGGCAUCAGAUAACAAUGCAUCAGAUGGGAAGAAUCGUGGCCAAGACAGUGUUCGUGAACCUGUUGAGAGUACAGAUGAAACAAUUAGUGAAAUUGUUGAAACAAAUAGUAAAUCUGAAGAUGAAAAUGAGGUUGACAAUGUUGCCAAUCCCGAAAUUGAAACUGCAAGAACGGAGAAUAAUAACAAAGAAGAAACAAACAUUCCUAACCGUGACAAUGGUGACAUAGACAAUAUAAGGAGUGAAUCAACUAACGUAAUGGUGUCUGAUGAUAAUAAUACAAAACUUGUUAAUGCAACAGAACAAAUGAAUGUGGAAGAUGACGACGAAAAACAAAAAGAAAGCGAACGCCUGCCAGUUGCAUCACAUCCAGUUGAAGUGAUAGCGCAAUCGUCAUCUGAAGAGAACACAGCUAGUAAUGGACCUCUGUCUGAAAAUAAUAUUCAGUUAGAAGUUCUAAACAGAUUAGAAAGAUUAAAAGAUCAACUCGACACAUUAACUGACAUUCCACCAAUUUUGUUUGACGUGUCUCUAAACUGUUUAAAACCCAGUACAAUCGAAUAUAUGUCUUAUCAUCUAGACGUAGAUAAUGACGUUCUUUCACCGGAUGAUAAAUGUAAAGACUAUCGUGGAAUGGCGGAAUGGAUCGGUCUUGAAAACAUUUUCAUAAAGUAUAUAUCUCGCUCAUCAUUUAUGUUAAAGACUCGAGAGGUGCUAAGUAAAUGGCUUACAAUCGAGGUGGAACCUCUACCCACUCUGAAGAAUCUAAGAGACUGUUUACUAGCAAUAGACCGGCCAGAUGUACUUGAAGAUAUGUCAAUUAAAAUGGCACGAGAUGCAGUGUCAUGGAAAAUGACCCAGUUUGAAGCCAACACAAAGAAACAGUCUCGCAAAGAAGACACAUCAUGGCAACUUACACGACAUGACGUGGUGUCAGGGAAGAAGACUAUGUAUACAGCCUGCCUGCUCUAUGCCGACGAGGACGAGCUGAUGGCCCAGCUAAUCACCAAGUUGUACAAGACAGCUUAUAAAGACGCUUUGUUCUUCCUGCCACAGUUUGAUUUGAAGCACGGGAAAUAUGAAUUAGACACGACUGCACGAGUAAUUGAUGAAAGAUGCGAUAAAAAGGUGGUGUUCUUGUUGUCGGAGUAUUUCUAUGCUUCACAUAUCUGUCAGUUUGCUGUAAAUUACGCCGCGAAUCAUGGUACUGGACACGGAAAUCUGAUACCAUUCCAUUUGACGAGAAAUGUCAACGCUGUCCCCAAUGUCCUGAAAGGAAUAGCUGGUAUUCGGUGGUUCAGGAAAGGGACUAGACAGCAUACGUGGCAGGUACUCAGCGACAGCCUUUUAGCCGAGAAACUUCAAAACGUAGAACUCCUUGCAGAUAUAAAAGAGAGAAUUGGGAAAAUGGUUGAAAAAGACAAAGAAUAUUACCUACAGGAUCCACCCUACGAUGAUGAUGUUGAACCACCUGGUGAACCGAUUGAAGUUAUCGAACCAGAAGGGUCCUCCAGUAUGCCAUCUUCUAUAGAUCUUGAAUUUCAGAGGUUGAAAAUCGAGGAAGAGUUGCAAAGAACGAAGAAAAAAUCUAAGUGGAAAAUUAUGAGGCAAAUAGGAAGAGCUAUCUUUGAAAAAAUAUUACCUUUCAAUCCUCAUCAUGGCAAAUGUCAUAGUUCGUCCCCAUCACCGAACAUGACUGAGACUGAACUGAGGACGUUUAAAGUAAGCGGGACAGAUUCCAAAAAUGACAAUUCGGUUAACAGUUUGACAUAUUCAAUGCAAAAGGAACGUGACACUGAUGACGGCAGCGAGUUGGGUGCAGUAGGAGGGGAGGACAUAAGUCCAAAGUGUAAUGAUCUGAAUAUAGACGCUGAAUCUCCAAAAACGUACACGCCUAAAGAAGCUCUCAAUAUUCCUGAUUCAGAGAGCAUGGUCAUGAAACCAAGAACGGUCAGCCUCAGGGAAAACAAUAGCUCGUUAUGUUCUCAGCGUGAACCUGAGAAUGUUACAAAGUUAUCAAAUGGAAGUUCUAAACUAGAUAACACAAACUACUCAGACAUGAAAGGUAAGGAUAAGCAAAGAAACUAUUCUCGUAAAACAACCAGCUCAUACGAGAAGAAAACAAUGAACUGCGAUGGAGAUAAAGCAGAAAGAGAGACGCUUAUUUGCAAAGAGAGCCAUAAGGAGACCGUAUUAGAUACAUGUGAUGAUGUUAAACAAACGGAUGCUCUCAUGGCUGGCUAUAACCAAACAUGAACAAAGGCGUGCAAGGGUGAAAAGGUUGAAGCUUACACAGUUCAACAUAAUACUGUAAAAGCAGAAAAUAUAUGCAUACUAGUUCUAGUGUUUUUCUUCGAAAAUAUUUUGACUGAACGUUAUAGAUAUUUAUUUGUUUCGAUGGAAGACUGAACUUUAUUUUAUUGAGUGAGCGUCAUGCAUUAUAUUUUUGAUUUUUGAUUCUACACUUGUAUCGAGGCUUCGAACUAACAUCAGCAGUGAGAGGCAAUUGAUUCGAUGUCGGUGUUCUUUUUUAGCCCACCAUCAUCAGAUGGUGGGCUAUUCAAAUCACUCUGCGUCCGUUUUCCGUCCGUCAUUCCGUCCGUCCGUCCGUCCUUCCGUCCGUCCGUCCGUUAACAAUUUCUCGUUAUCGCAUCUCCUCAGAAACUAAUAGGGGGAUUUUGACCAAACUUUGUCAGAAUGAUGUAUUUGUACCCUAGUUGUGUACCCCUGAAAAUCAGACUGGUUCAACAAUUUUUGAGUGAGUUAUGGCCCUUUGUUUAUUUCUAUUAUUUACACAGAUUUAUAUAGGGAAAAAAAUUGAAAAUCUUCUUGUCCGUAACCACAGAGCCUAGGUCUUUGAUAUUUGGUAUGAAGCAUCAUCUAGUGGUUCUCUGCCAAGAUGAUUAAAAUUAUUUCCCUGGGGUCAAAUAUGGCCCCGCCACGGGGGUCACAUGGUUUAUAUAGACUUGUAUAGCUAGGGCUUUGAUGUUUUGUAUGUGACAUCAUCUAGUGGUCUUCUACUAAGAUUGUUCAAAUUACCCCCCUAGGGUCAAAUAUAGCCCCGCCCUGGAGGUCAUAUGGUUUACAUAGACUUAUAUAGGGAAAAACUUUGAAAAUCUUCUUGUCAAAAACCGCAGGGCCUAGGGCUUUGAUGUUUUGUAUGUGACAUCAUCUAGUGGUCUUCUACUAAGAUUGUUCAAAUUACCCCCCUAGGGUCAAAUAUGGCCCCGCCCUGGGGGUCAUAUGGUUUACAUAGACUUAUAUAGGGAAAAACUUUGAAAAUCUUCUUGUCCAAACCACAAAGCCUAGGGCUUUGAUAUUUGUAAUGUAGCAUCAUCUAGUGGUUCUCUACCAAGUUUGUUCAAAUUAUCCAUAUAGGGUCAAAUAUGGCCCGUCCUGGGGGUCACAUGGUCCAUAGAGACAUACAUAGGGAAAAGCUUUUAAAAUCGUCAAUAACCUACAAUAUUCAAAUUUGGACCACAUAUAUAGUUUUGAGUGGCAAGAUGAACCUUGACUUGAGUUGACGUUGAUUUUGACCUAGUGACCUACUUUCACAUUUCUGUAGCUACAGCCUUCAAAUUUGGACCACAUGCAUAGUUUUGUGCACUAGAAAAAACUUUGACCUUGACAUUGACCUAGUGACCUACUUUCACAUUUUUGAAAGUACAGGCUUCAAAUUUGGACCACAUGCAUAGUUUCGUGUUCCGAAAUGAAAUUUGACAUUGAUUUUGACCUAGUGACCUACUUUCACAUUUCUCAAGCUACAGCCUUCAAAUUCGGACCACGUGCAUAGUUUUGUGUACCGAAAAAAAACUUUGACCUUUACAUUGACCUAGUGACCUACUUUCACAUUUUUGAAGGUACAGGCUUCAAAUGUGGGCCACAUGCAUAUUUUUGUGUUUCGAAAUGAAAUUUGACCUUGAUUUUGACCUAGUGACCUACUUUCACAUUUCUCAAGCUACAACCUUUAAAUUUGGACCACAUGCAUAGUUUUGUGCACUGGAGAAACUUUGACCUUGACAUUGACUUAGUGACAUACUUUCACAUUUUUGAAGGUACAGGCUUCAAAUUUGGACCACUUGCAUAGUUUUACGUUCCAAAAUGAAAUUUGACAUUUAUUUUGACCUACUGACCUAGUGACCUACUUUCACAUUUCUCAAGCUACAACAUUCAAAUUUGGACCACAUGCAUAGUUUUGUGUACCGAAAAAAACCUUGAUAUUGACAUUGACCUAGUGACCUACUUUCACAUUUUUGAAGGUACAGGCUUCAAAUUUGGACCACAUGCAUAGUUUUGUGUUUUUGAAAUGAAAUUUCACCUUGAUUUUGACCUAGUGACCUACUUUCACAUUUCUCAAGCUACAGCCUUCAAAUUUGGACCACCUGCAUAAUUUUAUGUACUGAAAUCAACUUUGAUCUUCAGAAUGACCUAUUGACCUACUUUCACAUUUCUCAAGCUACAGGCUUUAAAUUUGGACCACAUGCAUAUUUUUGUGUUCUGAAUUGAAAUUUGACAUUGACUUUUACCUAGUACCUACUUUCACAUUACUCAAGCUGCAGCCUCCAGAUUUGAAACACAUGCAUAGUUUUGUAUACUGAAAUGAACUUUGACCUUGAAAUUGAUCUUGUGACCUACUUUCACAUUUCUCGAGUUACAGCUUUCAAAUUUGGACCACAUGCAUGAACCACAUGCACAGUGUUGUGUACUGAAAUGAUUUUGAUUUUGACAUUCAGCUAGUCGUGAAAUUGGAACACUCAAAAAUUGCUCAGUGGUGGGCGCCAAGAUCACUCUGUGAUCUCUUGUUUAGUAAGGGGAGGUUCUGAGUUCGUUCUAGUCUUGCAAUGUAGGCGUAUAGUAUUAUUUUACUUCAUCUGAUGUAUAGCACUGCUUACAGCUGUGAUAUAGCUACAAGAAUAGGACUCAAAAGCUAUAUAUGUAUCAUAUACGUAACAGAAUGAUCGAGAGGAUAUUUUUAGAAAUGGUUACGAGAAAAAAUGAACCAGGUUGUCUCCACCAUUUGUGAAUUGAUUUCAAGAUUAAAUAAGUCCAUUUCUUUUUUUAAAUGAUUGUAUAAAACAAUUUAUCACAUGUUUGACGUCGCGGGAGUGUAAUAAAGCCAUCACAUAAAAAUGAUAAUACACUAGUGUAAUAAACCUUUGACGUCGUCGUCGUUUAAAAUACAGGAAACGUUGGUCAACUUAACUUGUUUUUAAUAGCUUAAGAAAGAAUAUUUUUUGAUGUUUUGGUAGAUAAAACUAACAUGUGAUAAAAAGGAUAUUACAUUUGUGACUUUCCAAAUUGAAUUUAUCAAACUCGUUGAAUAAAAUUGAUAAAAUGCUCGGCAGAGCCUCGCAUGUUAUUAUUUUAUUUAACUCGUUUAAUAAAUUCAAUAUGAAAAGACACUCAUGUAAUAUUCUCUAUAUUUAUAUUAGGCGAAUCGUUGAACCGUUUUAUAGCUGACUCCUGAUUCAUUUAAACUGAGUAUAUAUGGUAUUUGUUUGUUUCAGUGUAAGGUUGAAAUAACUUUUAUGAGUAAACAUAGAUGCAAUAUUUAUACGAGUGGCAUAGCAACGAGACGAGAGAAAAUGUUAGAUGUGGUGUUCAUGAGUGAAAGAUAUUUUGAUAUUACAUUUUAAACAAACACAUUUUCUCUUUUUACCUAUUUUAUACAUCCUUAACAAGUGAGAAAUAUAUUUAAUAUUUUUCACUGGUAAAAUAACAGAUAUAUUUCACUCUUAUAUUUCAAUAAAUCUCUGAAAAUUAUGUUAUAAACAUUCAAUUAUUUACUGUCCAGUGAUUAUUGAAAAUAGAAGUUGUCAAUUAGAAGUCAUUAGUAGUUACACUUCAUCUCUGUAUUACAAAUUUCUACGUAUGUGUAGAUUGUAGAUGUUUUUUUAUUUCUUAGUUUUUCCAAAAACGUUAUACAGUCAUUGUCCCUUUAUAUUGGCAUGUCACAAGUUAAGGUAGGGUUGAUUAUAUUUUAUUAUGUAGUACAUCUAUGACUAUCUGUCUAUUUUACUUAAUGGUAACAUGGCCACAUUCAAAUCGCUAGAUUUUCUGAAUUUGACACGCCUUUUUUUAGCAAGGGGAAGGUAUCUUGGGCCCGUUCUUAGUACAAAAUUAGAACUUAGGGAGUAAGGUGUUUCACGAACGUCCGUUUUAACUAUUCGGCUAUUAGAAUCUGAACCGAAGAAAAAUCAAGUAGAUCUGUCAAAAAAUCGAAUGAAUGACAUCACUGAAUUCUGAAAAAAAUGUUUUAAAUGGGGUGAAACUUAUGAACUUUUGUAAAACAUGUCCCUGGCAUAUAGAUUUAAGUCUUUAAAAAGUUAGGUAUUUGCAAUAUGGAUCUGGACUGGUAUUCAUAAAGCUCCUAAGGGAAAAUUUUCCCUAAGGGACUAACUAAGGGAAAAGUUCCAAAGCAUUUUUGUGGACAAUCGUCGAGAUAGUUGGAAUGUCUAAUAAUAUUGUCACAUACAGUCUGGGAUAGUAAUGAAGAUUAUCAAUAAAUCUUAUAAAGUCUA